CGCCCUGUGCUCGGGCCGGGCCGGGAGGGUCCCGGGGCGUGCGGCCGUGCCGGCUGGUGAGACUGUCCGGGCAGACGCAGCGCCAUGCGCGCCCCUCCUGCCAGGGCUCUGCUGCUGAUUCCGCGCCGGGGCCCUGCCUUGCGAGCGUGGGCCCCGGCGGUCUCCUCUCGGACAUGGCUGGCUUCAGAAUGGACCCCGCUCGUACGCCCGUGGACUUCUCUGAUCCAUGAGUCGAGCCCGGGCCUCCGUUUUCCCGCGCCCUUAUCCGGGCUGUCUGGUGGCGUGGGACGGUGGGCCACCUCCUCCGGGGCCCGCAGGUGCUGGGUGCUGGCAGGACUCCGCGCCGCGCAUCCCCUGUUCUCCAGGUUCCAGGGAGCAGCGGCCACCGGUGUGCGAGACCUUGGGAACGACUCGCGGCGGCGGCCCGCGGCAACCAGGCACUCAGAAGUAUGGAAGCUUCUGGGGCUGAUGCGCCCCGAACGCGGGAGGCUGUCAGCUGCUGUUGGGUUUCUCACUGUGUCCAGUGUCAUCACCAUGUCUGCCCCCUUCUUCCUGGGGAGGAUCAUUGAUGUCAUCUACACCAACCCAGGCGAGGACUAUGGUGACAGCCUGACUCGGCUCUGUGCUGCACUCACCUGUGUGUUCCUGUGCGGUGCUGCCGCCAACGGCAUUCGAGUCUACCUCAUGCAGUCUUCAGGUCAGAGCAUUGUGAACAGGCUGCGCACCUCACUGUUCUCCUCGAUUCUAAGGCAAGAGGUUGCUUUUUUUGACAAGACACGCACAGGCGAAUUGAUUAACCGCCUCUCCUCGGAUACUGCACUCCUGGGGCGCUCUGUGACUGAAAACCUCUCUGAUGGCCUGAGGGCUGUGGCCCAGGCCUCGGUUGGUAUUGGCAUGAUGUUUUUUGUGUCACCAAGUCUGGCCACCUUUGUUCUGAGUGUGGUACCUCCCAUCUCUGUCCUCGCGGUGAUUUAUGGGCGAUAUCUACGGAAACUGUCCAAAACCACUCAAGACUCUUUGGCAGAAGCCACACAGCUAGCUGAGGAGCGCAUUGGAAACAUAAGAACCAUCCGAGCUUUUGGGAAGGAGAUGACGGAAGUGGAGAAGUACACCGGCCGAGUGGGCCAGUUGCUGCAGCUGGCACAGAAGGAGGCCUUAGCACGAGCCGGCUUCUUUGGAGCAGCUGGGCUCUCGGGAAACCUGAUUGUGCUGUCUGUCCUGUACAAAGGAGGCCUGCUGAUGGGCAGCGCCCAUAUGACAGUGGGCGAGCUCUCUUCCUUCCUCAUGUACGCUUUCUGGGUUGGAUUGAGCAUCGGAGGUCUGAGUUCAUUCUACUCUGAGCUGAUGAAAGGCCUGGGUGCUGGUGGGCGGCUCUGGGAGCUGCUGGAGAGACAGCCACGACUGCCUUUUAACGAGGGGAUGGUGUUAGAUGAGAAAACCUUCCAGGGUGCCCUGGAGUUCAGAAAUGUGCACUUCACAUACCCUGCUCGCCCAGAGGUGUCCGUGUUCCAGGACUUCAGUCUUUCCAUCCCAUCUGGAUCUGUCACAGCGCUGGUUGGCCCUAGUGGCUCUGGGAAAUCAACAGUGGUCUCACUCCUGCUGCGAUUGUACGACCCUGAUUCUGGAGCAGUCAGUCUUGAUGGCCAUGACAUUCGUCAGCUAAACCCCGUCUGGCUGAGAUCCAAGAUUGGGACAGUAAGUCAGGAGCCAGUCCUGUUUUCCUGCUCCAUUGCUGAAAACAUUGCCUAUGGUGCUGACAGCCUCUCGUCGGUCACAACCCGGGAGGUGGAGAGGGCUGCAGAAGUGGCCAAUGCUGCUGAGUUCAUUCGUAGCUUCCCUCAGGGCUUCGACACUGUGGUUGGGGAGAAGGGCAUCCUCCUGUCCGGUGGGCAGAAGCAGAGAAUCGCAAUAGCCAGAGCUCUGCUGAAGAACCCCAAAAUUCUUCUCCUUGAUGAAGCAACCAGUGCACUGGAUGCCGAAAAUGAGCACCUGGUCCAGGAGGCCCUUGACCGGCUGAUGGAGGGAAGAACGGUGUUGAUCAUAGCCCACCGCCUGUCCACCAUUAAGAAUGCCAAUUUUGUUGCUGUCCUUGACCAAGGAAAAAUCUGUGAACAUGGGACUCAUGAAGAGCUGCUUUUGAAGCCCAAUGGGCUUUACAGAAAACUGAUGAACAAACAGAGUUUCGGGUCAUAUAAUGGAGCAAAGCAGUUCCUGGAACCUGCACGGGCGUAGCCUGCAGUCCAGGUAUUGGGUAGCUGAAGCAGGACUGUGACUCCUUCCUCGUGUACUUAUCAGUACCCUGUGUAAAGACAGAAACCGAGCAGCAGUUAGUGGUGGGCUGUCUGAGAGAUCCUAAAACCAAACAGCACUGGAGAACAGAUCCUAGAGGCUUUGUGAGACCUGAGUAUACUUCAGCUAUUUGAAAUAUGCCUCUUUUCACAAAGAAUGUACUAUCAUUUUAUGAUGUACCUGUCUGCCCAGACCUUUAUUGAGUUCUAAAAUUGUAGUUUUCUAAGUGUAAAGUGCUGAAAUGGCUGCAGGUUUCCAGCGUUUGCUAGCCGAGCAGAAGACCUCACUUCCUAUGUGUGCUGCCAGAGUCGAGUUGUUCUCAAGUGACAACUUUAAAAAGGGAAUUAGAAACUAAAGGCCUAACUAACUUAAGCCAGUAUGCUUAUCCCUGGGGCACCUACCUGGGGCCACUGAGGGAAAGUUUGCCUUGUCGGUCCCCCACUAUCUUCAGGUGUCAGAGUUCUCAAACACUACAAGGCUGUACCUGUCAGAAUGUGCAGUGCUCACCACUUGGGCUCUCGAGAGCCUGACGCAUUUUGCCAAAGGAAGAAGUCCCGUCCAUUCUGGGAACUGGAAAGCUUCUAUUUUUUUAUUACCUCCUUGUUUUAUGACUCCUUUUGUGAAGCAAGGUACAAAUGACCAGGCAUUAUCAACAGAGGUGAAUGAAAAUCCACGUCACAUUUGUUGAAGCAUAUCUUUUGAAAAAAAAACCCACUUUAAAUAUGUAAUUCCUAGGUAUAUUGUAGUUUUAUAUUUUUAAAUUUUUAUUAAUAAGGCUGAAUCUGAAUAAUAUAAUUUUCAGCCUUGAGUAUGGUGGCUCUUGAGAAGCAAGGCAACCAAAGGAACAUUGGCCUUUGGAGAGCAUCACAGUUUAGGUGCAUGAUGUCCUGCCUCUGUUACUCUCUAGACACCAUCAGAAGUCAACCUGCGGUUAAGUGUGGCCGCCCUGCCAUACACAAGAGAAAGUCUGACUGGAGUGCCAGGCUAGGAGAUGAAACCCUGCUGGGUCUGGGGGAAGGAGACUCCUAAAUUGUUUAUUGUGUAGACAUGGAUCCUGUGAAGGAACAACCUAAACCCAAGAGGGUAAUUGUUGCAGCAUCCAGUUCAUGUUGAAGAUUUCAACAGUCAUGAAAUAAGUGUUCUGUUUCAAAAGAAAAAGUAUAGUUGCUCACACCCACGUGGGAAGCCAAACCCUGUGUUGCAUAGUGAACUUAAAACCAGCCAGCGCAUGAGACUGUGUCUCAAACAGAGAUUUGAAAUUUGAAGAGUUUGUAAGUCCUACUCCAAGCAGUGGAUGGAACCUUAACUCGGAGCUGCCCUAUAAAACGUGCCCUUGUCCCUGUGCUUAUGGUUUGUCCCCUACAGUGUCACAACUCUUACAGCAGUGACCAAAUGAAUUUGCUCAUUUUUUUUUUUAUCAGUGCUGUUAACUGGAUGUUGCCUCAGGAGGAAGUGGUUUUUAUGGUGGUGAUGCAGAGCCUGAGGCAUAGCUACCCUGAGAGUUAGCUACUUGGACACACCUGCUGUGCCUUUUGGCCUCGGGUUGUUCUGGAAGAAACCUCUUCACAGAAGAGACAUAGUAUCACAGCUUAUGUUACAUGGGGAACUGACUAACGAGUACGAGGCCCCCAUGGAUGUGUGUGGUGGUCUUGGGAUAGCACGUCUGUGACGGUCAUCUUCCACUGUCCACAUUUACAUUUGCUCAGCUCCUUCCUUGCAGAGUGUUCUCAGAACUCAGAGCAACUGCAAAUCAGGCUGUUGAGAAAGUAUUAUGAAAAUUGAAUUGAGUCAUCACAUUUUAUUCUUUUUUGUUUUUGUUUGUCGAGACAGGGUUUCUCUGUGUAGCCCUGGCUGUCCCAGAACUCACUCUGUAGACCAGGCUGGCCUCGAACUCAGAAAUGCGCCUGCCUCUGCCUCCCAAGUGCUGGGAUUAAAGGCGUGCGCCACCACUGCCUGGCUCACAUUUUAUUUCUUAAUAUGUUUAACAUUUUAUAUCAGAUUAAAAUUUAUAGUGAACUUAA